AUGGCGAUCCUUAGGGAGAAUUACACAGGGGGAGGAAAUAGCAAGAAAAUGAAGUCGAAGAGAGACGAAGGACUGCAAGCUCGCAAGGAAACCUAUCACGAAGAUCAAUUCAAAAACUACAAACGUUUGGAGAGGAAUAUGGGAGGGCCCUGGAACAAAAAAGUUACAAAAGUGUUCAAGGCCAAUGCGAUCCAUAGAGCAGGAUGUCGAUUAGGCAUCUUUACUUUGCACAGUUUCACGUUCAGUACCUGCUACCGACAGUACAGGCUGCAUGUCUGUAAGGAAAUGCAAGAAAAUGCAGACUGCUAA